CGGCGCUGUGGCGUUUAAGGCUGCCCUUCACGGUCUGACGGCACGGAGGACGGCCGAAACCGGUUCCCGAGUCGCCGCAUCGGCGUACGGCUAGCCUCGGGCCGUAGCCUCUGGGUACGGAACCGGUCAUCAGGGCCCAGGCAGCGCUGCCCCACGGACCAGCACCAUGGCCAGCGGCGGCCAGUGGACGCCCAGGGCCGCGGCCCGCGAAUUACAGCUGCCGCCGGCGGCCGACGAGGCCCUCGUCAAGAAGCGCUACCGCGAGCUCGCGAAGCAACUCCAUCCGGAUAGAAACAAGGGCAACGAGGCCGCCGCCACCGAGGCCUUCCAGCGUUUGUCUGGUGCCUACGACCGGCUGAGCGCUGAUUUCGGGCGCGCGGCGCAGGACGCGGCGGCGAUCGCGCGGCACCGGGCCGCGGCGGCGGCCGCGCGGCGCCAGGCGGACUGGGAAAGAGCCAUGGGCGGCCCGGCCGUCCAGCAACCAUCAAACCCGGGGCCGCGCGCGCGUAGAAAAGCGGAGGCCGCCGCCGCGCCGCCGCCGCCGAAGCCCGCGAAGCCGGCGAAGCCGCGCCGCGCGCGCCGCCCCGGCGAGAAGCCCGACAUUCCGACGCGGACGUCGCUCGACGAAGAAAAAGCGCGCAAGGCCGCCGUGGCCAAGAGUCGGGACGAGGCCGACCGCCUGCGCAAGGCGAAGAAGGUCCUCCACGAGAAGAAGCGCGAGGAGCGUCGCGAGGCCAAGGCCGCGGCCAUGAGGCAGGCCGCGGCCGAGGCUUCUAUCCGUGAAGCCCAAGAGCGCGACGCCAAGCUCGCGGCGGCCGUGGCGGCGGCGGCGGCCGCGCGGCUGCGCGAGACGUCGGCCAAGGAGGCGUCGGCGCGCGUGCGCGCGCAGAAAGUGCAUAGAGACGCGGCGACGGCAUUGAGAAGGCGGGCCGACGCGGAAUUCGUCGAGAAAUUGCGCGCCAAGACGGAAGCGACCAAACAAGCGGGCAUACAGAAGCGGCGCGAGGAGACGGAGCGCGUCGCGCGUCGGUUGCGGCGGCAGGAGGAGGAAUUACAAAGGGAGCGCGCGCGGGAGCGGGAGGAGGCGCGGCGCCGCGCGCGGGAAUUUAUUAUAGCGGAGCGCGAGCGCAUGGAGCGCUUCAAGGAGGAGCAAGCUAAACGCUUCAAGGAGGAGCUCGAAGAGGCGCGGUCGGCGUCGCGCGAGCGCCUCGCGGGGCUGGAAAAGACGCACGCCGAGCGCCUAAAGAUGGCGACAGAGGACGAGCUGGCCCGUUUGAUGCGCCGGCGCGACGCGAUCGACGCGCGGCGCGCCGCCGACGCGGCGGCAAACGCCGCGCGGGCCGCGGCGUACCUCGCCGCGAGCCGCGCGCGGGACGCGGCGCUCGCCGCGCUGGCCAUGCCGCCGCCGCCGCCGCCCGCGCGCCUCGCCGUCGCGGGCCGCGUCGCGUCGGAGGCCGUGGCGCGCGCCGUCGCCGACGGGCUCGAGGGGCUCGACGUCGAGCCCGCCGUCCGCGGCGUCGUCGUGGCCCUCGUGGACUCCGCCGUGGAAGCUGCUGCGGCGUUGAACGCCGUCGACGCCACCACCGAGGCCAUUCCUGUGGAAGCCGCUACGAGCGCACCGCCGAUCGAAGUCACUGGGCCUAGUCGCCUCCCGUCGGUGGAUUCCGAGGCCGCCGAGGCUAUCGAAGCUAAUGCCGCGCCCGAGUCGCCGAGUUCUCUCGCCGCCGAGGCGGCAGCGUUCCGCGCGAAGCGCAAGUCCCUCAGCGCCCAGCCGGUGUCGUCGACGUCGCUCGCGGCCGCGAAGCGCAAGGCAGCCAUCUCGCGGAAAAUCCAGGAGAAGCUCGCGGCGCGGCGCGGCCGCCCGGAGCCGCUGUGA